GAACUCAUUCCUAUAGCUAAACCACUAACUAGAUCCCUUCUCUUAGUGCCUAUAUAACUCAAAAACUGUUCAGGGGAAUUUCAUAUCAAGCUUUUAGUUUUCUUCAAUAAGGUUAAUUAGUGUCCUCCCCACUACUAAAUCGAUUAAUACCUAUGGAUUCAGAGAAGACCGGUGAAGCAAAAAUUACUAUUCAAGAGCCUAAAGCUGCCGACCCUAAAGGAAAGGGUAUUGCUGAUGCUCCUCCUCCACCUGUUGUAGUGACUACUGCUAAAGCUAUCCAAAAGCUGCCAAGAGGAGGAUGGAAAAAGGGUGUAGCCAUUUUUGACUUUGUUGUAAGGCUGUGUGCUAUUGCAACUGGUUUAGCUGCCACUGGCAUUAUGGGGACUACUGAGCAGACUCUUCCCUUCUUCACUCAGUUCUUCCAGUUCCACGCCGAAUAUAAUGAUCUUCCAACUUUCAUGUUUUUCGUGUUUGCAAAUGGCAUAGCUAGUGGAUACCUAAUACUUUCCUUGCCUUUCUCCAUAGUCUGCAUUGUCCGGCCUCUCGCUAUAGUACCAAGGCUUCUUCUUAUCAUCUUUGAUACAGUGGUGAUGGCUCUGACAAUCGCGGCCGCUUCUGCUGCAGCUGCCAUAGUGUACUUGGCUCAUAAUGGGAAUUCAAAUGCGAAUUGGAACGCAAUUUGCCAGCAGUUCAAUGACUUUUGUCAGCAGACGAGUACUGCUGUGGUGGCUUCUUUCAUAACCGCAGCAAUGUUGACGUUCCUGAUUGUGCUGUCUGCUUUUGCUCUCAAAAGGAACUGAUACAAUUCUUGAUCUUAAAGACUCUUAACAUGGUGCCGCUGUUACAUUACAACGUAAAAUGUUCUGAUAUAGUUUGUUGGGAUUUGCAUUAGAGCAGGCUGUUGGUUGUCCCAGUGUGGUUUGUUGUUGUGUUGUAUGAAUUUGGUUUGGUGUUGUACAUCCAUAUUGUAUGGUAUGAUGAAUGCAUCAUCUUUUAGACUGUAUUCAUACACCAUUUUUACUAAUAAAUAAAUACACUUAGAAUCUCAGUAAUGGUGAUUAGAGUUAUGACUUUCCAAAGUGAUUUUCACAGUAAAUAAUUGUUUCCAUAUGAAAAAUAGAAACCUCAAGUUUGAUGAGAGUAUAAGAAAUGGGGUAAAAGUCUAUUGAGUAGAUUUAUCCAUACACACGUGCUAAAGACACACGUGGGAAACAUAGUGAAGAAGAAGCCACGUGUAAAAACCGUCGUGUACCGGCCGUCUCCUGCUACUAGCUAAUGGUAGAGUCCACCUCAUCUUUCCCCCUCUUCCUUUCCUACCCACCGUUAAAAAAAAGCAGUCUUCCAAUCCCUUUUCUCUCUCUAACCCAACGAAGUCUUUUAUUUUCUCUCUCUGAAAUACUCUCCUUCUCUACAAAGUUAUCAGCUUUUUCUUUUUUUUUU